AUGACCGACAAGAUGCCUGGCAGUGAUUGGCAUACCCAAUCAGUCGAUGCUGUUGCAAACACCUUGAAUACUUCGAUUGACGCUGGCCUGAGCACUGAGGAAGCCACUGCUCGUUAUUCACAAUACGGUUACAACGAACUCUCAGCAGACGGCGGUCCAACCUGGAUCAAGGUCCUGCUUCGCCAAAUGGUCGAUGCCAUGAACUGGAUUUUUAUUAUUCUCGGCGCCAUCUCCUAUGGGUUUAAAGACUGGGCGACCGGAUCGAUGCUUUUGUUUAUUGCCAUAUUGAACUUUUACCUCUCGUUCUCUCAAGAAUACGCUGCAGAGCAAACAUUGGCGGCAUUGCGUAACUUGUCUUCGCCUAUGGCUCAAGUCUUACGUGACGGUCGUGAACAGACCUUGGAAAGUCGAGAACUUGUCCCUGGCGAUGUUCUAUUGAUCAAAGAAGGCGAUUCCAUCGCUGCCGACGCACGACUGUUCAGUAUCUCUAAUCUCGAAGUCGAUGAAGCCCUCUUGACUGGCGAAUCCGUGCCUGUUCAGAAGCAAUUGAUUGUAUUAGAGAAAGCUGACGAACCGUUGGGUGAUCGCGUCAAUAUGGCAUAUAGCUCGACCGUGGUCUCCAAAGGCCGUGGUAAAGCUAUCGUCACAGCAACCGGUAUGCUUACCGAAAUCGGCAAGGUUGCUAAAAAACUUAAUGAUGCUGGCGACAAUGACCAAACCCGUUUACAAAAAUCACUCAACAAGAUGUACAUUGCCUUGAUGGUCGCCGCCGUAAUUUGCGUUAUCAUUGUGCUCGCCUCAGUAAAGUUUGUUAACGCGGAUUAUGACGUGGGAAUGUAUGCCAUGACAGCUGCGCUCUCUGUUUUGCCCGCUGGUUUGACAACAGUAAUGACGGUUACUCUUGUGCUCGGUGGUAAAGAGAUGGCUAGCCAAAAAGCUCUUGUUCGAAAGCUCAAAUGUCUCGAAACCCUCGGCUCUGUUACAAACAUCUUUUCCGACAAGACCGGUACCUUGACCAUGGCCAAGAUGGUGGUGAUCCGCUUUUGGACGCUCAAUGAAGGCCAUUUCUACGUCGAGCCCAAUGGUAUUGCCCCUGAAGGAAACGUGUAUCGAACCAAGGGACUUUCGGAUGAAGCUUUCAACAACAUGAAUGGUGAGGUGGUCGACAAGUCCACUAUUUCGGGAACUCUCCAGCAACUUGUUCACUGCUCUGCUCUGUGUAACAUGUCAAGUAUUUUCCGUCGCGAGGAAGCGAAUGACAGUGUCAGCAUCAACGUAAAGGAAAAGGCGUUCACACCAAGUGAUGCUGACAGCAGCGAUAUAGAAGAACCCACCGAAUCUGACGACUGGAUCCCGAGCGGUGCACCCACUGAAGUUGCCCUUCAAGUUUUUGCACACAAGUUUGAUAUGGGUAAACCUCAAUUGACCGCGUUGGACUGGGAAAUGCUGGCUGAAUACCAAUUCGACUCGACCAUCAAGCGCAUGUCGACUUUGUGCCGCGACACCAAGACCGGCGAUGCACUCCUGUUCACCAAAGGUGCUGCUGAACGUAUCGUCCCUCUGUGCACCAACGUUGGCGACAACUCGCAACUGGUUCUUGAAACUGUAGAGAAGCUUGCUUCAAAGGGUCUGCGCGUGAUGGCACUCGCGGUUCGCAAGAUGGAUCCUGCUGCCAUGACCGACUUGCCUUCCUUGGAUCUAAUGCACAAGCGUUUUCCCAGAGAAGAUAUGGAAUGCAACCUGGAGUUCUUGGGUUUGACCGGCAUUUAUGACCCACCACGUGCUGAAUCGCGCGUCGCUGUGAGCGAAGCGCACCAAGCUGGUAUUUCGGUGCACAUGCUUACUGGCGAUCACGAAAUUACUGCCCGCGCUAUUGCCAAGGAAAUCAACAUUUUGGACGAAAAGCAGCUUUCUGAAAAAGAAAUCGACAAGCUCGUCAUGUCUGGCCCUCAGUUUGAUGCUCUCACCGAUGAUCAAGUGGACCAACUCGAACGUCUUCCGCUCGUGGUCGCCCGCUGCUCACCUGAUACUAAGGUCAAGAUGAUCCAGGCCUCUGCCCGUCGACACAACAUUGCCGCCAUGACGGGUGAUGGUGUCAAUGACUCGCCUUCGCUCCGUAUCGCCGAUGUGGGUAUUGCCAUGGGCAAGAACGGCAGCGAUGUUGCAAAACAAGCAUCGGAUAUCAUUCUAACAGACGACAACUUUGCCACGAUUAUCAGAGCCAUUGCUGAAGGCCGUCGUAUUUAUCAAAACAUGCAACGGUUCUUGUUGUACUAUUGGAUCUGUCUUGUUGCAUUGGCCAUUGUCGUCUUGGUCUGUCUGGCUGUCCGUGAUCCUGAUGACAAGAGUGCUGCUCCACUGUCGACCUUGCAAAUGAUCUUGAUCUAUGUCGCUAUUACACCACCCGCUGCUGAUCUGAGCACCCAGGCUGCAUCCCCUACGGUUAUGCAAGAACCCCCUCGACCUCCUACCGAAAGCCUUUUUAACAAGGAAAUCUUGUGGGACACGUUUGUUUAUUCAAUCGCCAUUGCCGCAUUAUGCAUGGUCGCAUUCUUAGUACCACUCUAUGUCGUCAGUGAUGGUGUUGGUGUGGGUGCCUCUGGCUGUGACACGAAUUACCAAGAAGGACUUUGCGAUUCAUUCUAUCGCGGCCGUGCAAGCAUGCUUAUCUUUUUCUUGUUCAGCUCGAUCAUCGUCAUGGUCCACGUCCGCAGUUACCGCCGGCCCGAGUGGGAUCUGGCUGGUAUCAAGAAAACACUGCGAUCCAAGACUAUCAUUGGCACAUUCUUGUUUGACGUUAUCACUUUGCUCCUGUUCAUGUAUAUUCCACAAGCAGCCAUCGAUGGCUUUAGCAUGAUGGGAGUCACUUGGGAAUGGGGUCUUGCCAUUGGCUUGGAUAUUUUCUUUAUCUUCUUUGGCGAAGGAUACAAGGCAGUGAAGCGACGCUUCAUGAAGGCCACGACAAUUAAACAAGUCGUCACUGCAUAA